UCUACGUAUGCAUUUAAACUUUACAUACAGUAGUGAACAUGCUCUAGCCAUGUUUUAACAUGUGAUUUGGUUGAAAACUGAAGUCGGUGGACCACAGCUGCUGGUAUCGACUCGACAGCGCUCUCCGUCCUGAAAAUGGAACCAUCGCCAAAUGCUCCGAGCUCCGGGAGGAAAAGAAAGAACCUUUCUUCUACAGGUCUCGGAAAAAGCAAAAGGUUAAAAACAGAGAAACAGGAAGUUGAGGCUGUCGAGUGUGAGCGUCCGAGCUCGUCACCGAAGGUCUCUGUGUUGUUCGAUUGCCUCAAACAACCAAUUACAUUGAAAGAGCUGACGUCACUGCUGCAUUAUGUUGCCCUGGGCAAAGGUGGAGGAAUCAAAAAGCCCAGUUGGUGUGGUGUCCAGCAGAGGAGGAGAAUAUCAGGUGUGAAUGUUGUCGUUGUGGAGGGUCUGACCCAGAGUCACUUUUACAAACACUACGUAACCCUGAAACACCUGAGGACAAACUACACUUCUAGAAUCACCUUCAUGCCGUCAUCACAAAACAUUGCUUCAGAAGUGUUCAGCAGUGAAGUUCCCAGAUGUGAAGAUCCAUCGGUUCUUCAGAACCCUGCUUUGAGGAGUCAUCCGGUCAUAAUGAAAUUUGGCAGUGAGAGGAGAGGACUCACAGCCUACGUCCUCACACAGGAGGACAUGAUCAAGUAUCACUAUCCAGUCAAAGGUCCACAUGUUUCAUUUGAGGAAUUUGUUUGUACGGAGAGCAGCGACCGCGUGACAGACCGCAGCCCUCUGUUUGGACUCGACUGUGAAAUGUGUGUGACGAUAAAGGGAAACGAGCUGACUCGUGUUUCUGUGGUGGACGCUGAUGGAACAUGUGUGUUGGACGAACUGGUGAAACCUGCGAACCGCAUCAUCAACUACUGCACCAGAUACUCCGGCAUCACGGCAGCGAUGCUGCGACCCGUCACGACGACCCUGCGCAACGUUCAGCACAAACUCAAGGCCUUGUUGCCACGUGACGCCGUUCUAGUCGGGCACUCGCUGAACUCUGACCUCGUGGCACUGAAGCUCAUCCACAGACACGUCAUCGACACCUCUCUGUUGUACAGACGGGAGUUUGGACAGAGGUUUAAACUUAAGGUCCUGGCCCAGGUAGUUCUGAAAAAACACAUUCAAACCAAGAAAAUGUUGGGACACGACUCCAUUGAAGACGCUGCAGCAGCGCUGGAAGUGGCUCAGUACUUUAUUAACACAGGACCUCGUCAGGUUGUUGAGCGACACCUGGAGCAGCUGUGGGGGGAGGAGAUCACCGACACCCCCACACGGCAACCUCAGAGUCUCAGAUUUGCAGACGUUUUACAGACACGUCAACAGUCGGUGGCGUAUUUUGGGAAGCGUUGUGAGGUGGCCCUGGAGCUGUCCAAUCAGCAGUGGCACAACUCUGACAAAGAGGUGUUGGCGUCGUUCAGGAAAACAACCCACAAUCCAUUUCUGUCCGUGCUGCGGUUCUCUUCCUUUUCAGACCAUAUUCAACAAUGUGACGCUCCUCAGGAGCAGCUCCACCACAGGAUGUGUGCAGACCUGGGGCAGAUGUGUGUGGUGUUUGCCGGGCCAUUCCCUGAAGGUUUCUCCGAGACAGAAGUGAAACGACUUUUUCUCAGCUGCGGACCAGUUCGAAAAAUAAAGAUGCUGAAGAGAACAGUCAGGCUCCAUGCACAGGUAGAGUUCCAGCUCUUGGAGGGAGCAGUGCUGGCCUUGAAGACAUUGGAUGGACUGAUUUUGCACGGACAAGUCCUUAAAGUCCAGAGGCCAGUGAACAGCUCAGUGCUGGACCUGGACCUCACUCUUGAUGCUUUGAUGGAUGACGCACUCAGCAGCCGCUCCAUCUACGCUGUCAGAUCAAAGCACAGAGUAGCCGUGGGCGGGAACGCCUCGGCAAAGGUCAAUGGUCACACGCCAGGUGUUGGGGUUCCUGGUGCACUUUCUAAGAAAACAACAAACGGGCUUCCUCCAUCUGGAGGAAACGUCACGACCGUGCGCCUGUCCAAAGAGGAAGCCAUCAGAGAAACCUUUGGUCAACUAGGGGCCGUAGAGAGAAUCUCACUUCUGGCCAAACCGUCAACACACGCCUGGAUCAAAUUCAAGAGUUGCGACGAUAAACCAACAGCCCUCGCUGAAGACCACAGGAUAGGCCACUACAACAUCUGUCCAUGUCUGACUCCGCCUCACUUACGUUCAUGGACCGCCUCAGCAGAGACGACGGCGGCCGCUGAAGAGCACGACAGUGAGAACAACAUCAAUCAUCAGGGUCAGGAAAUGGAGCUCAUGAUGAGAAAGUUGGACCGCUACCUGGGGAAGCUCUUCAGAUCUGUCCCAGACUGCACCCUGCUGGUGGUUCUGUUCCCUGGAUAUAACGGUUGUCAGGAGCAGCUUCCUGGCCUGUGCUUCUUGGAGGUGAAGUCAGGGUCUGGAGAAGAACAGUGAUACGACAGCAGCUCAUCAUGUCCACUGACGCUGCAGUCUUCCAGGAUUAUCACGGUUGAACGUCAUCAGCAGCUGCCGCUCACGUGUUUGGAAUAAACUUUUUCAGUCAA